AUGAGGGGCAGGCUUGGCGAUGCCGCGACGCCGUCGAUGGCGAUUAGUCAGUCGUCCUACGAGGAGUUCGCCUUCUCAAUUACAUCGACCCUUCACUUCGAUGGUCUCUCAGAUGAUACAAUCAGUAAACACACUGAGAUUCUUCCCAAUCUGAGGAUCAGUAAGUUAGCUCCUUCGUUUAGCAGUUCCAGCUCUUGGUCUGCUGAGAGAAUAGAAUGUUUCUGGUGCUGUAACUCGGCUAGUCGUGGUUGCGGGCCUUUUCCACAUAAAAAGGGAAGGCGGUUGAUUCAAAAACUAUCUAUCUCUUGCGCAAGUGAUUCACCGAAGCUAGAGGAGAAAGGAGUUGAAGAGCAAGCAUCAGAACUGGCCCCUCUUAAGCCUCUUCUGAGUAAGAAAGCCGAAGCGGUCGUAGAUCAGUGUAAAGAAAGGAGUGUCUUUCUAAUCUUUAGUUUCCCUAUUGAAUUGGGACCUAUCGGAUUACCUCAGCUAGCUCUUCAUAAAGGUUGGGAGGAGACCUUUCAGGAGGUCAAAGAUUCAGUCCUUUCUCUUAUAGCAUUACUAGGAGUUAGCCUUCUUGCUCUUGGAUUUCUCUUUAGGGAAUCAGUUGCCGUUGUUCUUGCAGAAACUAUACCGGACGAUUCUAGUAAUGUGGCCUGGGUUGUUUCUGGUCUUGGGACAAAUGUCUUUUCUGCUCCUGUGUCUAGUAAUAGGCGCUGUUUCGUCGGUGAUGAUAUCGUUAUCGGGGAUCCGGAAGUCGCGAGGGUCUAUCGUGACGUCAUGAAUCGUCUCGGGGUUCAAAUCUCUUUGGCGAAAACGUUGACGUUUGGUGGACUUGAGUUUGCGAAGAAAUUUCGCAUUCACGACAGAGACUCCUUUGUCGUUGAAAAUGAUUCGGUCCACUCGAUGCCUGUGUUGAAAUCAAUUGGAUGUUCUUCCCUUCAGGCACGUUUUGGUGGCCAACUCGCCUGGUGGAAUCAUACCACUACCGUUUCCUAUCUGAUGAUGUUGUCUGUGCGGGAUGAUUUUGAGCGUAAGCUCACUGAAGAAGGGGACUUCUACGUGGAGAGAGUCAUGCUCAGGGUGGAAUCUCUCGUACGAUAUGUCCGAUGUUCUGACUUAAUCCGUCAGCGUCGCUGUCCGCUACCUGGGCAGCGCUGUGCGAUUGAAUGUGGAAGGUGUGCAAUCUCGUCUUUGGUUAAGGGCCUGGUUGGAGUUGGUUUAACGGACCGAAGAGUGCCACUACGAGUUGUUUCAUUAUGUAAAUACCGAAAAGAACUUGUCGUGGGAGCAGCCGAAGAGACAUUCAUUCAUUGA